UUCCCGUCACACCGCUUCCGAGGCUCUUGGAGAGAGGACGGAUAAACGGCGCUGACGGUAGACUACCGGAUUUGAUACCCGAAGGAGGGAGGGAUGCUACCGUGAUUCCCCUCUUUUCUCUCCCAACACCCAAAACCCACUCACCACUCCCGUUCAUCACUUCAGUCUCGGAACGUCAUCAAGACGCACUACUGCUCUGUUUAUCAUCUUAUUCUUUCUUUUUUUAUCCAUUUUAACCCGUUUGGUUGGUUGGUUUGGUGUAGUCUUGCCUCUGCGCUCCAGCAGGAUAAAACAUAGGAGAAAGAACAGUUUUUUACCACCCUUUUCUCCAAGCGCACACAAACAGAAAAACUGGGGUUUUAAUCAGUGGAUGUGUUGGACAUCUGAUGAAAGAAGCAGUACUUGUUGAGAGAAGUGAUCGUUUUCGACCAGCUUGUACGUAUUGGAGGAAUUUCCUUGGAGAGACGGGCUGCGCACGGAGUUUCGCACUUCCAAGAUCUGUGUCGCCGUGCAGAGGAGAAAACCCUCAACGUAUCCCACCCCAGUAAUGAGCUAAAGGCUCUGUGAUCAGAGGAGAGAGGGAGUUGACCAAUUGUGAGAAAAGAAGAACCACUAGAAGAAAAGCAGUAACGUGGAAGUGGGUGAUGAGUAUCCGCAGCAACAGGCCCCGUCUCAGCUAAUGAACUAGGAAAGUUCAUCAACAACAUUUUGUUAGUAAAACCAGGAUAUCGCCUCAGUGGGAGCGGAGCUCCACUGAGAGGAACCAGAAAGUAGGGGGCAGAGUGAAGUGCACGGCCGCUCAGGUUGGGCAAGAUGGCGAUACUGACGAUGAAGCGGAACGGCCUUGGACCCCUGAGGGCCUUCCUGGUGCUGGUGGGAGUCUCUGCACUCUGUAGUGUUGCAUUAGGAACCCGGAAAGGAAAUGCUUCUUUGGAUCAAAGGGGCCACAGACACAGACAUCCAGGUCACUUGUCGCUGCAUAGACACAGACAGAGGGCAGGGAAGGAGGGGCAGGUACUCCACAGGUCCAAACGAGGAUGGGUCUGGAAUCAGUUCUUUGUCAUUGAGGAGUACACUGGGCCUGACCCAGUUCUGGUGGGCAGGCUCCACUCAGACGUAGACUCAGGCAUUGGCAACAUCAAGUAUAUCCUGUCCGGUGAAGGUGCGGGAACGAUCUUUGUUAUCGAUGACAAGACGGGCAACAUCCACGCUACAAAAACCCUGGACCGUGAAGAGCAGGCCCAGUACACUUUAACAGCCCAGGCCGUGGACAGAGACACUAAUAAGCCUCUGGAGCCUCCAUCAGAGUUCAUAGUGAAAGUUCAGGACAUCAACGAUAAUCCUCCUGAGUUUCUGCAUGGGCCGUACUAUGCAAGGGUGCCGGAGAUGUCCAAUGUUGGUACGUCAGUGAUGCAGGUGACGGCUACAGACGCUGAUGACCCCACCUACGGCAACAGUGCCAGGCUGGUGUACAGCAUACUGCAAGGACAACCGUAUUUCUCUGUGGAGCCUCAGACAGGUAUCAUUCGUACAGCCUUGCCCAACAUGGACCGUGAGGCACGCCAGGAGUAUGAUGUCGUCAUCCAGGCCAAAGACAUGGGUGGACACAUGGGUGGGCUGUCGGGGACCACCGAGGUUAAAAUCACCCUCACAGACGUCAACGACAACCCUCCAAAAUUUCCACAGAGUGUGUAUUCCAUGUCUGUAUCAGAGGAUAAAGUGCCAGGAGAGGAGGUGGGCCGUCUUAAGGCCAAAGACCCUGACCUUGGAGACAACGGAAUGGUGAACUACCGCUUAUUGGAUGGAGAUGGACUGGCCAUGUUUGAACUGAGAACCGACUCUGAGACCAGAGAGGCCGUUAUUAAACUGAAGAAGCCAGUGGACUUUGAGACUAAACGGUCGUACACUUUGAAGGUGGAGGGAUCCAACCCUCAUGUUGACCCUCAAUACCUCGCUUGGGGGCCUUAUAAGGACGAAGCCACAAUAAAGAUAUCAGUGGAGGAUGCGGAUGAGCCUCCUGUGUUUGUAGAUCCAAGUUACACUUUUGAGGUGGAGGAGAAUGCGCCGGAAGGCACCCUGGUGGGACGAGUCCACGCCAAGGACACUGAUGUUGCCAACAAUCCCGUCAGGUACAUGAUCCCUCUGUACACAGAUAUAGAGCAGUUCUUUAGCAUAAACGCAGAGGACGGCAAGAUUACCACGACAAGACCACUGGACAGAGAAGCACAGCCCUGGCAUAAUAUUUCCGUGUCAGCCACAGAGAUAGGAGGCCACCACCAAGACACCAAAGUGCGUGUUAACAUUAAAGUGAAAGACGUAAAUGACAACGCCCCAGAGUUCGCCACCAACAACGAAGUCCUCAUGUGUGAAACUGUUGCGCCAGGGAAGGUUAUUGAAACAGUAAGUGCAGUGGACAAAGAUGAGAUGGCUCACAGACAGCACUUCACAUUCAGCCUGGCUCCAGAAGUCACUCACAACCACAACUUCUCCCUCAAAGACAACAGAGACAGCACAGCCAGUAUCUAUGUGCUCCGUAAAGGAUUCAGCCGUCUGACCCAGGAUGUUUACUACCUUCCCAUUGAGAUAAACGACAACGGUUUCCCCGCUAUGAGCAGCACCAACACCCUGACCAUCAGAGUCUGUUCCUGUGACAGCAGAGACACCAUCCUCUCCUGCAACGUGGAGCCCUACGUCCUACCUGCUGGUCUCAGCACUGGGGCCCUGAUAGCUAUCCUGGCUUGUAUUGUCAUUCUGCUGGCAAUAGUGGUGUUGUUUGUUGCACUGAGGCGUCAGAAGAAGGAGCCAUUGAUAGUUUUUGAGGAAGAGGACAUCAGGGAGAAUAUCAUCACGUAUGAUGACGAGGGAGGUGGUGAAGAGGACACAGAGGCUUUCGACAUCGCUACACUGCAGAACCCAGAUGGUGCCAACGGUUUCCUGCCAAGAAAGGACAUCAAACCAGAGCUUCAAUAUCCCAUGAGGCCUGGCGCUGGCCGUCCUGCAGCCAACAGUGUCGAUGUUGACGACUUCAUCAAGACUCGAAUUGCAGAGGCUGACAGCGAUCCGACUGCACCUCCUUACGACUCCAUUCAGAUCUACGGAUAUGAAGGCAGAGGAUCAUUGGCUGGGUCAUUGAGUUCCCUCGAGUCUGUCACAACAGAGUCUGACUUGGAUUAUGACUAUCUGCAGAGUUGGGGGCCAAGGUUUAAGAAGCUGGCGGAUUUGUACGGAACCAAAGACUGCUUCAUUAACGAUGGUGAUGAUGGGGAAGACUCUUAACAGUGGUCUCACUGAUUGGAUGCCCCCGAUCUCUGAUUUAUGGAUUCCAUGAGGAUUUGUUAACCAAGGGUAACACUCCCCAGUGCCCAAAUGUUAUCAACUACAACCUGAUCAGUUUAUGCCAAUGUGCAACGGACGUUAACAGCUCUCCCUUUCACAGCGCCUCCCUGGUCCUUACAAGACAAUUUGUUAAUGAACACAUAAUGAAGUAUUUCCAAAAUCUCUCUUUCCCGCCUACAGUAUGUCUCCUUGUUAGAGACUUAUUAGAUUUGUUAUGCCACAAGUUUGUCAGUUUGAAAGUAAAUUGUUGGGAAAUAAUGUUGCUGUGUGAUCAAAAUAACUUGCUUAUAGCAAACUGUUUAGUUUCUUCAGAGGUUCUAUAUGCUUUUGUGGACCAGAUUCACGUACUUCCUCAACAGUUCCUGGGUGGGGUAUAUUCCCUUAGUUGCUCUCUUUGUGGUGUAUGUUAAAGACACACGGAAAGACAGGAAAAGAAACUAAUGAGAAGAAAGAGUCUUGGAUCCAGCAACUGUCAGAUGUUAUGAAAGGGAAAGAAAAGGGGUCAAACAGUUGAAACAAAACGAUUUUUUUUUCUCCCAAAUGUGUGUGCAAAAUUCAGCAGUUACUGUGGUAUCGAUAGCGUGACGGACUCUGGGUUGUUGAUACUUUGAAGAUGCUCACAGCAUCUUUACAGUAUGGUGGCCUUAUAAUAAAUAAACAACAACUCCAGGGGUGAACACAACAGGAGUAACGAUAGAGACUGCUAGCUUCAGUAGCUACACUCAGACAAAUGAUCCCAGAAGGACUGGGUAUCUGUGAAAAUGCUACACAAACACCUUUUUUCUACUCCCAAAACAACGCAGACUAAACACGGAUUCAAUUGAAAAACUGGACGAUUCUUUGUGUUCAUUCUUCACUGCAGAGAAGACCUGAAAAGAAAAGCUGCCCCUUUCCACGCCCCUUUGUCCCCAUUCCUCCUAUCAACAAUCACUUCCCAUGCCUAGUCCACCGACGAACGAUCACUUCCUCAUUCAGAGUCCACCAAUGAUGAUCAAUCACAAUGAGUAAAAACCUGUGAGCUCUGAAAAUCGCCUUAAACUUAAUGGACACUCUUGCAACGCAGUGCAUUCUCUCUUUUUUGCUCCUUUUGUUUCUUUUUUGUAACUUGAAAAGUAUAUUCAGAAAGCAAACUAUUCUCCAUGAUAGGUAUGUACAGAGCAAUGUGCAGACAUGUGAUAUAUCCCUUUGAGGAUCCAACUUGCGCCUGGUGCACUCUUUAAAUAGGAUGUGCCGUUUCUGCCAGCACGGAAAAUGUAGACCGUGAAAAUGUGCAUUGUGUUGUUUUUCCUCCAACACCAGCUAUGUUAGCAGCAACACCUGUUGUAUCAACACGUGUUGCUAUUUAAACAUAAAAUGUGCACACUGGAAAAUAACACAAGGUGUCUUUUCGGAGCAACACAUACAGAGAGGCUGAAAGCAGAACAUCCUUUUUAAGUGUGUAGGUUCUUGUUCAAUCUCUUUAAUGUUAUAUUAUUAUUAUUAUUAUUAUUGUUGUUUUUUAUUAUUAUUAUUAUUAUUAUUAUUAUCAUCGUUAUGACAAUUGUCUCUCUUUGGCUGCAGAUACACAGGAGCACGUUCAUGUUUAACUCUUUGCAGCUCAGAUUAUGGUUGUCUAAACAUGCAGAACUACAUUGUAUUUCAUUUUCAUUUUUGGACAGCUAUUAGAAAUCGACUGCCAAAAGUUAAAUAUUCGCUUUGGUUUAUUGCCUGUGUGAAUACAACCUCUCUCGUUUUUUAUUUCUCUCCCAUUAUUUGGCGUUUCUUCGUUCCUUCUCCCUGUUGAAGAGGAAAGCUAUCUGUUGCAGUGAGAGAACGCCUCGUUUUUAUUCUGUCAAGUUUUAUGGUACCAAUUUGUACAAUUUUAAAAGUUCUUAUUUUAGUAUACAUGCAGAAUAUUCCAGUAUUACAACAAAAAACAUAAGAUACGAUUAAAAAAAAUGUUACAGCAUCACACUUAUAUUUUCUGAACAUUGUAAUGUUGCUUUACUAUGUGCUUCAAUCUCCGAAGCAAAAAAAAAGAAAACUUUGAAAUAAAUGCUCUUUUUAUAAAAAUGAUA